UUCCUCUUGUCUUCCUGUACUGACUUUUUGUCGGAAGGUCUUACAUCACUAUACCACCAGUCAUGAUGUUUCCCGGACUGUCCUGAAAUAAGAGAGACUUCCUGACCUAAACGGCUGUCAGAAUGUCUUCAAUAGACCCCUAUCAGUACAUCAUAGUUGAGCAUCAGUAUUCUCAUAGAUUAAAAGUAACUGUGGCAAGAGCCGAAAAUGUGACUAAAGGAGCAUUUGGGGAUUUAUUGGACACCCCAGACCCUUAUGUGGAGCUGUCUAUUCCAACCACCCCAGAGUCAAGAAAACGGACACGCCACAUAGAUAAUGACAUUAACCCAAAGUGGAAUGAAACAUUUGAUUUCAUAUUGGACCCCAAUCAACCCAACAUUUUAGAGAUGACACUGAUGGAUGCUAAUUAUGUCAUGGAUGAAACUCUCGGCACAGCUACAUAUUCCCUUUCAAAACUCAAAGCGGGGCAGACAGAGCAAGUGAUACUCUCUAUUGGCAAGUCGACAAAAGUGUUUCUCGAUAUGUCCUUAGAAGUGUGUGCGUCCACAGACUUGCGCUUCAGCAUGGCUUUGUGUGAUCAGGAGAAGCUUUUCAUGCAGAGACGCAGGGACAGAGUUAUGCUCAGCAUCAAGAAACUUCUCAAAAUGGAAAACCCGCGCUUCCUCCCAGCCUCACCAAGAGAGGUUCCAACCAUCGCCAUAUUGGGCUCUGGAGGGGGUUUUCGUGCAAUGGUGGGCUUCUCUGGAGUGAUGAAGGCUCUGUAUGAGUCAGGAGUGCUUGACUGCGCAACAUACGUGGCAGGACUUUCUGGAUCAACAUGGUAUAUGUCUAUGCUGUACUCACAUCCUGAGUUUCCCGCUAAAGGACCAGCAGAUAUUAAUAAGGAGCUGAUGAACAGGGUCAACAAUAACCCACUGAAACUGCUUCUGCCCCAGAAUAUAAACCGCUAUGUCAAGGCACUGUGGAAGAAGAAGUCAGCCGGACAGCCUGUCACCUUCACUGACAUCUUCGGCAUGUUGAUAGGAGAGACUCUCAUUCCGGGGAGAAUGGACUCAAAACUUAGCUCCAUGCAGGAGAAGAUUAAUGAAGGUCAGAGCCCUCUACCACUCUUCACCUGUCUGCACGUCAAACCUGAUGUCUCUGAGCUCAUGUUUGCAGAUUGGGUCGAGUUCAGUCCGUAUGAAAUUGGCAUGGCCAAAUACGGUACCUUCAUGUCUCCAGGGCUCUUUGGGAGCAAGUUCUUCAUGGGAUGUGUUGUGAAGCAAUAUGAAGAAAACCCCUUACAUUUCCUCAUGGGUGUAUGGGGAAGUGCUUUUUCCAUACUCUUUAACCGGGUUCUGGGUGUGAAGGAGACAGCCAGCAGUUGCACAAUGGAGGAAGAAUUGGAGCAAAUUAAACCAGAGCACAUAGUGGGAGAUACAUCAACAGAUAAUGAGGAGGAAACUCAAAGAGGGGGCACAGAGUCUGCAGAGGUGGAAGACGAGCGACAGCGUCAUGCCCAGGCUAGCUGGGUUCAGCGCAUGUUAACCUCCAUAAUGGGCGACUCCACCCUGUUCACCACACGUGAAGGCCGUGCCGGCAAGGUGCACAACUUCAUGCUGGGCCUUAACCUGAACUCUUCCCUGCCCUUCUCUCCCUUCAAUGGCCUUAUGAAUCAGACCUCAGUGGAUGAGGAGGUUGAUGCUGUUACAGAUCCUGAUGAGUUUGAACGAAUCUACGAGCCACUAGAUGUGAAGAGUAAAAAAAUCCAUAUUGUGGACAGUGGCCUGACCUUUAACCUGCCCUACCCUCUGAUCCUGCGGCCUCAGAGAGGGGUGGAUCUUAUCAUCUCCUUUGACUUCUCAGCCAGGCCUAGUGACUCUAGCCCACCUUUCAAAGAGAUACUUCUGGCUGAAAAAUGGGCUCGAAUGAAUAAGCUGCCGUUCCCUAAGAUCGAUUCCAGAGUAUUUGACCGAGAGGGUCUGAAAGAGUGUUAUGUGUUCAAACCCAACAAAGGAGAAAAGAACUGCCCCACUGUCAUUCAUUUUGUCUUGGCCAACAUCAACUUUAGGGACUACAAAGCCCCAGGAGUUCCCAGACAGUCAGACAGUGAGAUGGAGUUCGCUGAUUUUGACAUUUUUGACGAUCCAGCAUCUCCCUACUCCACUUUCAACUUUAAAUACCCCAAUCAGGCCUUCAAGAGGCUUCAUGAUCUCAUGGAGUUCAACACACUUAACAACAUUGAGGUUAUAAAAGAAGCUAUGAAAGACUGCAUUCUGCAGAGACGAGAGAACCCCUCACGCUGUUCAGUUUCUCUUUCACUCAGUGAGAUCGAAAACAAGAAGUUCCUGAAACGAGAUACCAGCAAUGCAAAAAGACACACCUAACAGAGAGCUAUGCAAAAAGCUACACAAAAGCCUAGUGGUUUUGAGACUGUGUUGGUCCUCUGGUGCUGAAUAAGACAUUUGAUGAGAAUCAGCGAGCUGAUUUAUCAGACAAGACUGGAUUGACCUUAUUGCUGAGGUUUACCAUGUUUUAUAGUGUCAUUUUCUGUGAACUUUCACAAUAUUUCUUGAAUCACCAUUUUCAAUAUCUGUGGGCAAGGUCCCCACACCUUUAAUCUUAAAGUGCUCUUACUUUGUGAGACAGUCAACCUAUAAAUCUGGCAGUGCACUUCUCUUAGGCUAAUAAGGAGCCAAGUUCUGGCAGCUUUGUUUUCUGUGGGCAUUUUAGCUGCAAAUACUCUUCUGAGCUGUGAGAGUAAUUUAUGGUCUCAGUGGCAGCAUGAGCCUCAGGACAUGGUGUUCCUUAUGUGUUUCUGGUGAUGUGAUAAGAAAACAAUUUAUGUUCUCCAUUCAGUUCUACUGUGAUGCACCUAUGACCAGUAGAUGGUUUGUGGUAAGCCUUGCCUUUAGGACAGGAUUCAUCUCAUGUUUUAGUGAAACAUUCAUGUAACAGCUCAAGGAUCAGCAAGGAGGAGGAGGGAACCAGCUGAACAGUAAACAAAAUAUUAAUGUCAUACUUAACUUAAAAACAAACAAACACAGACACACAUGCAAUGCAGCCGCGUGCAUCUCUCUCUCUCUCGAACUGGUGCCUCCGGCUCCCCUUUAUCUCGCUCUCCCACUGAUCAGCUGAUUCAGCGCCGGCCGUGCACCAUCACGGCCUGGCCACGCCCUCUUCCUCAUCACACUCCUCCCCCGCCCGAUUCAGGCUGGGGAGCCACCGGUCUGACUAACUCGCCCCAUCUCUGGAGGGUAGACGCUGCCCUUCCGGCUGUUCUGUCAGCCGGUGGUCCACCCCGCCUCCUGUGAACCUGGAGGAGAGAUGAGGGGAGGCAUGGGGAAAGGGAAAGGGUGAGUGGAGACACACAAAGAGAGGAGAGAGAAGAACUUGCUCGUUGGCUCCCAGAUGCACUGUCGCCCGGUCCUCAACCGCUCCUCCGCCUGCCAGCUCGCUCCUCCCCUGGUGGAUGGCAGCGAGUCCUCCGGCCCCUGGUGGACGGAACCGCUCCUCCCCAUCUUCGGCGGACGGCAACGGUCCCUCAGGUUCUCGGCGGCCGGCAGCGACCCCUCCGUCCUCUGGCGGAUGGCCACGGCUCUUCCGCUUCCCGGCGGAUGGCAGUGGCGAGGACUCCACGACAGCACCUCUCUCCUGGGUUUUGGCACCCUGUAACAGUUCAAGGAUGGGAAAGAGGAGGUGGGAGCCGGCUGAACAGUAAAGUUUUAAAGUCAAACUUAAUUAAAACAAACAUAAACAGACACACAUGCAACGCCGCAUGCGUCUCUCUCUAACUGGCGCCUCCAGCUUCUCUUUAUCUCGCUCUCCUGCUGAUUCAGCGCCAGCCGUGCACCAUCACGGCCUGGCCACGCCCUCCUCCUCAUCACACUUCAUUACUUUUGUUGGGAACUAAAUUUGUCUGCUUUUAUUUAUUUUGCUUGCAAAUGUCUUCUCUCCUGCCCAAGGGGUGGUAAAAGAAGGUGAAAUGCCUUCUUACACCUCCCACGCCAAACUCCACCUCUUUGAGAGGUGUCAGAAAUGAUGACAUGACGGCACAUGAAUGAAUGACCUGAUGAUACUUUUGAUAGAUGUGUUAGUUCCUGUUUAUAGAUAUGUUACAUUUGUAGCAGGCUCUAAAUAAUAUAAAUCUUACUGUACCUCUCCAUGUAAUCAUUCCUCUGGUUUACUUAAUGAUGAAAGUGUACAACAGCAUUUAACAGUGCAUGAAAUAGUUUUAAAUACCUAAUGUUAUGUUUAUUUAUUUGUAUGCUUAUUAUGUAGUUACUGUGUUUUAAUAUUCAGUUUAAGAUAUUGUUUAACAUACUCAUCAUUAAACCAGCACUAAUUGCCACCUGGAAGGAAAAGACUUAAAUCAAAUUUGACAUAGUUUUUCAUUUAAAGAUAUCAUAUUUUGGAAAGACUAGCUUCAAAUUUGAAAUAAAAAGAAAUGGGAAUAUAGGGAUGAAAGCUAGAAAGCAAACUAGGUAAAGUGAUUCAUAAAACUGAACUGAGGUCAAUGGCAGUUAUAUACUGGAAAGACAGGUAGAGUGGUAAAAUUAGAUCUAAGUCUAUUUAGAGUGCACUUUAUGCCUGAAAUAAAUGUAAACCAUUACACUA